ACUCUUCUCUCUUGCUGCUGCCAGGAAGAAGUGCCUUUCACCUUCUGCCAUGAUUGUGAGGCCUCCCCAGCCAUGUGGAACUGUCUUAAACAAUGAAGUUCUAGGCUUCACACUGAACUAGGCCUAUGGCUCCAGAGACGAAGACCAAGUCCUUGCUUUCAGGGAACGUCCACCCUCUGCUGGGGAAGGCAGCUGUUUCUUCUUACCAUUUCCAUCUUCCUGGGGCUGGGCCAGCCCAGGAGCCCCAAAAGCAAGAGGAAGGGGCAAGGGCGGCCUGGGCCCCUGGCCCCUGGCCCUCACCAGGUGCCACUGGAUCUGGUAUCACGGAUGAAACCAUAUGCCCGCAUGGAGGAGUAUGAGAGGAACAUCGAGGAGAUGGUGGCCCAGCUGAGGAACAGCUCAGAGCUGGCCCAGAGAAAGUGUGAGGUCAACUUGCAGCUGUGGAUGUCCAACAAGAGGAGCCUGUCUCCCUGGGGCUACAGCAUCAAUCAUGACCCCAGCCGUAUCCCCGUGGACCUGCCGGAGGCACGGUGCCUGUGUCUGGGCUGUGUGAACCCCUUCACCAUGCAGGAGGACCGCAGCAUGGUGAGCGUGCCGGUGUUCAGCCAGGUGCCUGUGCGCCGCCGCCUCUGCCCGCCACCGCCCCACACGGGGCCUUGCCGCCAGCGCGCGGUCAUGGAGACCAUCGCUGUGGGCUGCACCUGCAUCUUCUGAACCACCUGGCCCAGAAGCCAGGCCAGCAGCCCGAGACCAUCCUCCCUGCACCUUUGUGCCAAGAAAAGCCUAUGAAAAGUAAACACUGACUUUUGAAAGCAA